AUGACUACACCCAUGGCAAAUCUCGCCUUGGAAGGUGGUGAUCCGCGAGAUCCUCAUCAUCCCAUGACAGGUGAUGCGAAGGCCACGGAACUGGCGUUGCCUUCAAUCCACGACCCCAGUAUUACUUUUGAAGAAUAUGUAUAUUGGGCCGAAAUCACUCGUGCUGAGGAGAAAAUUGCAAAUGAGAGGUUUGUUGCGGCUCAAGGACCGAGAAAUUGGAAAUCCACGAUCACAAAUCGAUUCUCCACAGGAAAGGGUGCAAAAGAUUCAUUUGACACCCCGCCUACAACAACCUUAGCUUCCAAUGAAAAGGACGGCCUCGACGAGAAGUCUGCGGUUCCUGGUGGACCAGUACAAUCGGCUGUUUCGGAGGCUGAGUGGAAGACAGCGAGUCGUGCUGUCCGUACCGCUGGUUGGUCAGGUGUCUUUUAUCUCAUCACGACUGAUAUCCUUGGACCUUUCAGUGUUCCUUGGGCCUUUGCUCAAAUGGGCUAUGGACCAGGAAUUGCUCUCUAUACUGUGUUCGGCGGAUUUGCUUUAUACUCCGGCUGGCAAAUCUUCAACAUCUUUCUUGCUCUUGACUCGGAUAAAUAUCCUGCAAAGUCGUAUGCUGACCUAUUCUUCCGUGUUUUUGGCACUUGGGCACGUCAUGGUAUCAAUGUCGCCCAGUGUAUCCAACUGUUGUUCACUGUAUCUAUCCUUAUUCUCUCCAACGGUCAAUCCAUUUCACAAAUCGCCAAAGGAAAUCUAUGCUUUAUUGUUUGUCUGAUAGUUUUCAUGGCUGCUGGUAUGAUCUUAGGACAAAUUCGUACGCUUCAAAGAUUCGGCUGGCUCGCAAACUUCGCAGUUUGGAUCAACAUCCUCAUCAUUUUCAUCUGUAUGGGUGUCGUAGCCAAUUCGCCUCCUAAUUAUGCUACAGUUCAAGCUAGUUUUGGAGAUUCAUUCACGGGUCCUGUCGUGAGGUACGGUGGUACUCCGCCCAGUGGUAAAGCAACAGGAGGAGAUGGAUUCACCGGCUCUCUGAAUGGACUUAACCAAGCUGUCUACUCAUAUGGUGGUGCUAUGCUUUUCGUUGCUUUCCUUGCCGAAAUGCGACAUCCAAUGGAUUUCUGGAAAGGUCUUAUCUGUGCUGAUCUAUUCAUCUACCUUGUGUACAUGUUCUUCGGUAUCUUCGUUUAUUCUUACCAAGGUCAAUAUUCGUACAAUCCCGUCAUCCAAGGUCUCUCGCCCUACAACUGGCAAACCGCAGCAAACAUCAUGAAUCUGAUCACUGGUCUUAUUGCCGCCGUACUUUACGGUAACAUUGGUAUUAAAGUGGCAUACAUUGAAGUUUUUCAAGGUCUUUUCAACGCACCACCUUUGACCACGAAAUCCGGUAAAAUUCUUUGGAUUACAAUGGUGCCUCUAUACUGGGUAAUCGCUUUCGUUGUCUGCGCUGCCAUCCCUCAAUUCUCUUACAUUUCUGGUCUCGUGGGUGCGCUCUUUAUCCUCCAAUUCACAUACACAUUCCCCGCUAUUCUCGGGUUUGGAUAUCAGAUUCAAAAAGAUGCUAUGCUUCCAGGAGAAGAGUCAUUUGAUCCUACAACUGGAACGUAUAAUUAUAUUGAUACAGGUGUCAAGAGAUGGAUUAGAGGAUUCAAGGCUAAUUGGUUGUUCAACACCUUUAACCUCAUUUACUUCCUUGGGGCUUUGACAACCGCGGCAUUAGGUAUAUAUACUAGUUGUCUUGGCUUGAUGAGUGCUUUUAAUGGGGAUAGUGUCGCAACUAGUUUUGGUUGCACACCACCUGUUUAG